AUGGAGAACUCUUCACAGGUCACAUUCUUCAUACUGAGUGCAUAUGAUAAAAUUGGACAAAUUAAGUACUUUUAUUUUAGCAUUGUAAUGUUAUUAUAUGUUUUCAUUAUUGUUGCCAACUCACUGCUUAUUAUAGUGAUCUUUGCUGACAGAAAUCUUCAUGAACCGAUGUAUUUGUUUUUGUGUAAUUUAUCUGUAAAUGGAUUGUAUGGAAGUACUGCCUUGUAUCCUUCUCUGUUAGUGAACAUGCUGUCAGAUAUCCAUGAAAUUCCCAGGGCUUUUUGUAUUAUACAAAUUUUUUGUCUGUACACAUAUGGUUCAAUAGAAUUUUCGAACUUAGCUUUGAUGUCUUAUGAUAGAUAUGUGUCCAUCUGUUAUCCUUUGGAGUACCACACCAUUAUGACUCAAGGCAAUGUGUAUAUAUGUAUUACCUGUGUCUGGCUGUUUUCUAUCUGUAAAUUCACAGUAACUCUCAUAUUAAGUGUCCGGUUAAAACUGUGUGACAAUGUUAUAGACAAGGUGUACUGUGAUAACUAUUUAAUGGUCAAGCUUGCCUGCUCUGACACUACUCUUAAUAAUGCUUAUGGGAUGACCAACAUGUUUGUGUCGGUAGCCCUACCAGUUGUUCUCAUAUUUUAUUCUUACUCAAAAGUUAUGAAAAUCUGCUUGAGGUCCUCCAGAGAAUCUCAGAUAAAAGCAUUAAACACAUGCAUGCCACAUUUAGUGUCAUUGCUAAAUUUCUCUUUUGGCUCCUUUUUUGAACUUGUCCAAACCAGAUUUGAUAUGACGCAUGUCCCAUCGGUAGUCCGGUCAAUAUUGUCAGUGUACUUCAUACUAUUUCCUCCUCUUCUGAAUCCAAUUAUUUAUGGAAUAAAGACAGAAAAAAUAAGGAAAGCAUUUAAAAAACUGCAGCUGAGUCUACAGAUCCCUGUUGCUUUUAGAAAAUCUAAGGAGACACUGGACUCAGUUACACAGGUGUCACAUAAAGCUGAAAGUUGA